GGCGGCGGCGGCGGCGGCGAGCUGGCCAUGGCAGCAGCCCGCGGGCGGAGAGGCAGCCGCGGGUUGCCGCUGUGAUUGGCACCCCGAGGAGGAGGAGGAGGAGAAGGCGGAGGAGGAAGGCGCGGAGCAGCCGCGGGGCCCGCCAUCCCGCGGCGGCGGAGCGGCGGUGCCCGGGAGGAUGCCGGGGAAGCGGGGCUCGGCGGGCGGCGGCGGCGGCAGCGAGCUCCCGGGGGCCGGCGCGCCGCGGCAGCGCAGGCGGCGGAGGAAGGUCUCCUGCUUCUCCAGCAUCCAGCUCUUCCUGGUGUCCGAGUGCGCCCUGAUGCUGGCCCAGGGCACGGUGGGAGCCUACCUGGUGAGUGUUUUAACCACCUUGGAGCGGCGAUUCAACCUGCAGAGCGCUGACGUGGGCGUCAUUGCCAGCAGCUUCGAGAUUGGCAACCUGGCCCUCAUCCUCUUCGUGAGCUACUUUGGAGCCCGAGGACACCGGCCACGCUUGAUAGGAUGUGGAGGGAUAGUCAUGGCCUUGGGUGCCCUUCUUUCUGCGUUGCCUGAAUUUCUGACCCACCAGUAUGAAUACGAAUCGGGAGAAAUACGCUGGGGAGCUGAAGGGAGGGAUGUGUGUGCUGUCAACGGGUCCACCAGUGAUGAGGGACCAGACCCGGACCUUAUCUGCAGGAAUAGGACUGCUACCAACAUGAUGUACUUGCUGCUCAUCGGGGCACAGGUCCUCCUGGGCAUUGGUGCUACCCCUGUCCAGCCCCUGGGAGUUUCCUACAUCGAUGACCACGUGAGGCGGAAAGAUUCCUCUCUGUACAUAGGGAUCCUGUUUACGAUGCUGGUAUUUGGGCCAGCCUGUGGAUUUAUCUUGGGCUCCUUCUGUACCAAAAUCUACGUGGAUGCUGUCUUCAUUGACACAAGCAAGCUGGACAUAACCCCGGACGACCCUCGGUGGAUCGGAGCGUGGUGGGGAGGCUUCCUGCUCUGUGGUGCCUUACUCUUCUUCUCGUCCCUGCCCAUGUUCGGCUUCCCGCAGUCGCUGCCGCCGCGGCCGGAGCGCGCCGGGGAGAGCGAGCAGGCCAUGCUCCCCGACAGGGACUACGAGCGGCCCAAGCCCAGCAACGGGGUCCUGCGGCACCCGCUGGAUGGGGACAGCAGCACCACCUGCUUCCAGCAGCUGCGAGUGAUCCCCAAAGUGACUAAGCACCUGCUCUCCAACCCCGUGUUCACCUGCAUCAUCCUGGCAGCCUGCAUGGAGAUCGCGGUGGUGGCCGGCUUCGCCGCCUUCCUGGGCAAGUACCUGGAGCAGCAGUUCAACCUCACCACCUCCUCUGCCAACCAGCUCCUGGGGAUGACAGCAAUCCCGUGUGCAUGUCUGGGCAUAUUCCUGGGGGGCCUCUUGGUGAAGAAGCUGAGCCUGUCUGCUCUGGGAGCCAUCAGGAUGGCCAUGCUGGUGAACCUGGUGUCCACAGCUUGCUACGUGUCCUUCCUGUUCCUGGGCUGUGACACAGGACCUGUGGCAGGGGUUACUGUUCCCUAUGGAAACAACUCAACUCCAACCUCAUCUCUGGACCCAUAUUCCCCGUGCAAUAACAACUGUGAAUGCCAAACUGAUUCCUUCACUCCAGUGUGUGGGGCAGACGGGGUCACAUACUUAUCUGCCUGCUUUGCUGGCUGCAGCAGCACGAACCUCAGUGGCUGUUCGUGCCUCACCUCGGUCCCUCCCGAAAACGCCACCGUCGUUCCUGGCAAAUGCCCCAGCCCUGGGUGCGAAGAGGCCUUCCUGACAUUCCUGUGUGUGAUGUGUGUCUGCAGCAUGAUCGGGGCCAUGGCGCAGACACCGUCCGUCAUCAUCCUCAUCAGAACCGUGAGCCCUGAACUCAAGUCUUACGCUCUGGGGGUGCUUUUCCUGCUGCUCCGGUUGCUAGGUUUUAUCCCACCUCCACUGAUCUUCGGGGCCGGGAUUGACUCCACGUGUCUGUUCUGGAGCACAUUCUGUGGAGAGCAAGGAGCCUGUGCACUGUAUGACAACGUGGUCUACAGAUACCUGUAUGUCAGCAUUGCUAUCGCCCUCAAGUCCUUUGCAUUCAUCCUGUACACCACCACCUGGCAGUGCUUGAGGAAAAACUAUAAAAGAUACAUCAAGAACCACGAAGGUGGUCUCAGCACUAGUGAGUUUUUUGCCUCUACUCUCACCCUAGACAAUCUGGGGCGGGACUCUGUGCCCCAAAAUCAACCACAUAGGACAAAAUUUAUCUAUAACCUUGAAGAUCAUGAGUGGUGUGAAAAUAUGGAGUCUGUUUUAUAGUGACUGUGGAGGAGUGAACUAUAUUAAUAAUACAAGGGUCCUUUUUAAUAAAAACAAGGAGAGAGCACGAAUGAAAGAAGAAACAACUGCAAAACAGCAACGGCAACACAGGAAACUUUUGUCUUUUUCUCAAAGUCAGACCCAGCCAGGAUUCUUGAGAAGAGAGUCUUUUGAUGGGAUCACUUGUGACAUCCUGUGGGGUGAUGGAGAAAGCAGGGAGCCCUUGUGGCUGGGCACCAGCCCCUUGUGACUGAACGAGCUUCCAAGGAGGGCACCCACAGAGGUUCAGCAGAGAGUUUGGCACGAGGUGUAGAGAAAGCCAGGUGAUAACAGCAAGCUGGUAACAGCAAUGGGUUCUUUCCCAGUUGAGAUGGGGUGUGUGGAGCCCUGCAGGGCUGGCCAGGCUGGGUGCUGCUCCAGCCUGCUGCGUCCGCCAUGGCAAAGAGGGAGCGGUGCUGGAGUCCUUCCACCAGUCACACUCUGUCACCAGCCACCAGUCCACGAUAAAUUCCUUGAAAGCUGCUGGAAACCUUCCCUGAUGCUGUCAGGGGUAUCCAAGUCCUUCCAGGCCAGGCUUAUUCGCAGAUUGCAGCUCUGUGGCUGUCUGUGAAUAACCGUGCUCAGAUCUCAAACCCAGCAGAGUUCAAGACAUUUGCUCACACUUGCCAAACGUGCUGUCAUUUUUAAAGGGGGAUGAGUUCCAAAUACUUAUCUGUGUAGUCCUCUAAUAAGAUGUUUUUUGAAAUUAUUUUCGAGUAUAUGUUAACCCUUAAAUCGCUGACACUUUUCCAUGAGGAGGAUUUAUUUAUGCUAGUUUGGGCAAGGAUCCUGUUUAAUUCACCCAAACUUAAUGUGACUCAAGGGGUUUGUUUAAUCCUCUGCAUUUUUUUAUCCAUACGCCUUCAUUCUAAUAUGCUACCAAGCCAAUGAAGACACAUAAUAUGUUUUUAAAAAGGAGAAUGAAUGCACUGUGUCUCUAUAAAAACAAUUGUCUGUUGGAGAAUUAUAGAUAAUAUGAUGAUUUACAUAAUAUAGUUUUUUUCAUAUUCUAUGUGACUCAGUGAAUACAUAUAUAUGUGGAGAGGCUGUUGAUGUUCUCUCCAGUUUUUAAAGAUAUAUAUAUAUAUAUAUAAUUUGCAAUCUAGAAAUUGUGUGGUGGAUGUUUUCUUUAAAGUGUGUGUGUGUGUGUGUGUGUGUGUACAAGAUGAGAGGAACACUGACCUUAAUCCUUCAGCCCUCACAAUUGGUGUUUUAUUUUUCACCUGAGAAAUUCCACUGACUUUCAGUGGAAGACAUGUGAGGAAGAUGGAAUAAUCUCUCCUGGAUGCCACAUUUUGUUUGUCCAUGUGGGAAUAGUGUCCCUCUGGAAGGCUGGGUUAUGGGAGCAGAGGCUGGCCAGCGCUGAGCAACUCAAACUUCCAUUCAGCUCCCCACAAAGCAUCCAUGCAGGAGCAGAUUUGGCUUGGCUCCUGCAGUGCAGUCUUAACUAAACCUGCAAAAACCAUAGGGAAACUUUCAUCUGAUUACAAGAAACGUGGGGGUCAGGCGUAUUUUGUAUGCACAUUUUUGUUUUCCAAAACAUUCCUGCUGGGAAGCAAUGCAAAUUGGUUAAAAUUUCACGAUUUUUUUUUCCCAGGAACCAGACUUGUUUCCGAUGGACUAAAUGUCAGAAGGGCUUUAAGGGUUAGCAUCAUAAUUAAAAGUUCCUUUUUUGUGUGAAUUUCGAAGCUGUUGUGAACUGGAGGAUGUUUAGAGGAGUAACCUGGCAUGUUGAGUCAAAUGCUGGAUGUCACUUCCAUGCAGGUGGCAGAGGGGCUGGUCUUCCCCAAGCCCUUGUCCCUUGCUGCAGUGGACACCCCAGAGCUGGCACAAUUACAGAGGGUUGAUAACUUGUCACUCACGUUCAGCCCAUUUUUAGCAGACUUUGCUCUUAUCCAGGCUUUGCAACAUGGGUGUGGAGCAUCAAGCUGCUCCCACUUGAUUGAAUUUAUAUGUGUGCUUGCAGCUAAUGCACAGAAUUACAUGUUCAGCAACAAUAAGGGCAGAAAAAAAGGGUGUAUCAAAUAAACUCCAUUGUGCCAAAUACUCAACAAAUAUUGUAAUUGCAGAUAUUUAAUUCUUGGGUUUCAGCCAUGUUAAGAAUCGCUCAAUUGAUGAAGGAGUUUAAGGAAAAAAAAAUAUAUUAAGCUAUGCAGUGCCAUUGUUAUGUUGGGUGGUAAAUGAUGCUUUUUAGACCAUUAUAUUGGUUUAGCAUAUCCUGUCUGCUAAAAUAGAGAUACUGCAUCCAUAAAACAAUGAAUUCCAAAAAGGCACAGGGUGCAUAACUGUCUCAUAAAAUAUAUAUAAUUGUCAAGUAUAAGCCUUUGAAAUCAUUCUGUACAGUUCUCUUCAUUCUGCAGAUUUAUUACUUAGACUGCUGUCUUUCCAAAUGUUAGCUCAUAAUUUUAUACUAUACACACAUUUUCAGACUCAAACACAAAUGUCACACAAUAGAACCUCUCUAAAAGCCUGAUUGCUUGAAAUUUCAUAACCCCUUUCACAAUUUCAUGAUUUUCCCCUCUGAAAGUCCAAGGUGAAGGAGAAUAGCAUGCUGAUUGAUAUGAUGUAAAACAAAUUCCCAGUGCUCACGAGCUGUGGUUUGUUGCUACAGUCAAAAGUCUCCCUUGACCGGAGUUAUAGAAACGGGAUUCCAGGGCACAUAACAUUUUCAUUUGUGUUUUUCUUUACUUUUUUCAUUUGAUCUCUUCUCUUAGUAUGUGUGGGAGAUGCAGUUGAAUGGGGUUACUUAUGUUAUUUCUAAGCUGUAACUUGAAAUUCCUGCAUGAUUGUUAUUUUAUUUCUUUGGAUAAUGGAACUCUUGAAAACCUUUUCCCCCAUCCCACUCUUUUCUUUUUUUUUCCCCUAGGGUUAGGUCUGAUGCCUGCAUCGUGAAGGGCUUUGCUGUCAGUGCUUUGGUACAGAUUUAAGAACAGAGCUUUAGUUGAAAGAAAACACACAGACCAAACCCUUCACAUCCACACCAGCAGGCAUUUUGGUUUCUAUCUGAUUUCAGAACCACAAGCCAUUUUUGCCUGCAACCCAAUUUUUGUUACAGAAUAACAAAGGAAAAGUGUCAGACAUCCUCCCUCUUCCCAAACUGCAUUAUGGGCCUCCCCUGUCAGCACUUCACCUCCAUCCUGCAGCUGCCUUAACCACGCAGGAAACUUAAAAAACAAAGAUACAAGGAUGGAGUUAGAAAAACACCCAUUCCCAGGAACAGAAACAGGGUCUUGCUCUGAGCUGUGUGGUCCAGAUCCAGUGGUGGAAAUUGUUUCUUCAUAUUCAAGGGCAUUGAAAUUCAGGGGUUUGUUGAGGCCUCAGUCUCAGCAGAAAUGUUCUUUUGGCGUUUCCAAGCACUGUGUUCCCCACACAGUCUGUCUGCUGUGGCUGUCUGCUAAGGAAUGGGAUGUUUGGAAAAACAAACUACUUGAGAUUCUGCAGUCUCUCUGGGAUUGACCAGUUGCCUUGCAUGGCUUCAGGUUGGGGUUUCCUUUCCCUUGCUCAGAUCCCACUUUGGAAUAGCCCCAGUGGAAUCAAAAGGGGGGCCCAAUCUAAAAUUGGUGCAGAUGACACUGGAAUCCUUUUCUUUGCAUCCUUGUUAACAAGGUGAUGCAUUUCCAGAACCUUCUUUUAAUAGAGACAGAAAUCAUCCAUUUUUCUGACUUUGCCCAGUACAUCUUGGAUGUAGAGUGGGACUGAAAAGUCCAUCACUUGAAUUAUCACUUGAAUUAUCACAAACCUUCCAUUCUUGGCAGUUCAGCUCAAUAGCAGGGACCUGCCUCUGCCAUUUCCCUCUGAGAUGCACUAAACUCCUCGGUGCUGCUGCUGUUCAUCGUGGUUGGGUCUCACCUUGCUCAGAAGGUGAGAAGGGAAAGAUGCAGAGAGGAAUUAGCUUCCAUUAUCUGACUUAGCUACAUUUCAAAAUGCUUCCAAAUUGAACUGAUGGUCUGCAGACAUUUGGAAAGUGAUUGGAGUAUUUCCAAAUGGCUGAGAUGCAUUUACAUCUUUUGCCUUGCAAAAAAAAAAAAAAAAAAAAAUUAAAAUUAAGGGAAUGAAUGUGAUUUGAACCCCCUCCUAUCCCCAUUGGAGUUUUGUGUUCAUGACAUUGCAGUGGAGGCACUGUGCUUAAGGUUCACCUUUGUGUCUCAGUCAAACUCACAUUUUUCUAAGUAAAUGAGGUACUGGGACACAGAAAGGCAACUCCAUCUCAAAACCAGCAGUUUCACUCCACAGCCAACCCAUAACAAUCUGAAACCUACCAGCACUGUGAAGCUUUAGCCCCCAAGCCAGCCACAGCUGUUGCUGCCAUAUGAGAGUUUGUCACAGCUGGGUGUGUCUGGCUUGGUAUUUUCUUCAGAGUCUGGCAUUCUUGGUGUGAUGUUUGCUUUAUUCUUGGCAGUGAUGUGGGGAAUUGUCAGUACAAAAGACACAUGCAAAUGCUUCACUGGACUGAUGUGAUAACAGCUUUGUUUUUUUAUUCACAAGGGUUUCCAGACUUACUCCUGCUCUGCCUUUAAAUGCAGCUGGGCUCAUCUAUCCUCCUAAUUUCAUGUGAACUGUGUUUGCAGACAGCAGCAGGUUUGUUGUUGUUCUCUCUGUAGAUCUGAUUAAUAUGUGCAAAGCUCACAAGCUUCCUGUGCACAGGGCAGAGCACCCCUGAUUACAAGCAAUAAUACUGACCUGCUCUCGUUUGCAACAGGGCUUCUGGCUUUUCUUACUAAAUCUGGGUUCACCUCUCCCAGCAUCCCACACUGCUGCUGUGCCUCACCUGUUUUGUUGGCAGCCAAGACAGAAUUGGUGGGAAUAUAGGCAGCAGUUUAUUAAGAUGGGAACCUUUGGUGUGAGCCAGGUUCAGCCAUGCUUAUCUGGUGGUUGAGACUGAUCCAAGGAGGAAAGGACAUUGUAACUGAGCCACUCUGAAAGGAUUAUCCACCCUUCUGUGCUCCUGGAUAGCCCUUCCUCCACCAGACCCAUGGUUUGGGUCCAAACUGGCCAUCAGCUUCCUUUCUCUAGCCACAGUUCUUCCUUCCCCCAAUGGCAAAGCACAGCUUGGCUCUGCCAAGCCAAUACAAGGUAUCCAGAGUUACUGAGAGGCAUUUAAAUUUGCCUGGGAGCCAGCAGGUCUCAGUCAGUUUUACAUAUGUUCAAAAUGUUAUCGUUUGUUCUGCUUAUAUCCCCUAAAUCUAUAACUUCUAGGCUGCAAAUGAUGUUCUCUAUCAUUCCAUUGACAUUUCUAGCCAAUCUGAGUCUUAAUACAAUUGCUUUGCUGAAAAAUGGCCUUUCAGCAGUUCUUAGACAUGAGGUACUUCUUUAUUAACUAGUGAUGCCAAGUAAAAUCUGUGGCCAUUGUCUGCUCCCUGAGUUCAGGGGAGCAGAAGGAGGCUGUGCCUGCCCAGCAGCAAUACUGGUGUUUCCUGGGGCAGAGUGUGAACAUGGGCUGCUUUUCUUUCAGCUUCAGUCUUGCCUUGGCUGCUUGGCUCUGAGCAUCUCUUGGUCCCAAAAGGAAUUCAGGGAAUUCAGGAGAAGCUGAUUGGACAGAGCAGUCCAUGUAGAUGGCUGCCAGAGUAGGGCUUCAGGAUGUUUGUAGUGUUUAUGUUGCUUUGCUUGUCAAAGCUUUGCUUCAGUCUCUAUUUGUUUGAUGAAUGGAGUGACCCCAGGGAUGAGGUCUGUGGGAUGGGAUGAGUUCGUGAUGUUUCCCCCAUUUAUUCAGAUUAAGCAAGGUGUCCAACCCUAAGAAGGAAAAGCUUUGUCUUACCCUGAACAGUUUGUAGUGCUGGACUGGUUCUGCACAAAGUUGGUAUCUGCAUAUGGCAAGAAGCAAUAAGAAACUUGUCAGCUACAACUCGGCAAAUAAUUUAUAGCAACUUCACACAUUAAUUUUCUCUUUUAUUUCUUCCUUGCAAAUCGCUGAGAAAACCAAGAAAAUGCCUCCAGUGUAUUUGCAAGGUCAUUUCUGCAUAUCAUCUGUGGUCUGGAGAAGUUGGAAAAGCUUUCUUGUAAUUCAUACACAGGGAUUUGUUCUGGAUGGAUAUAAUACUCACAGGGGUUAUUUCUGCUCCCUGAGUUCCCUAAGCUGGAAUUUUCUCAUCAGUAAAAAUAUUUAGUUCAAAAGCAUGUGAUCAGGAAUUGAGUAAGAGGAUCCUUGCUCAGUGUCUGUGGACACACCAUGCUCCGGGACAGCCAAAGCGCUGGCUUCCAGCUCACACUCCACUGCCCAGGAAUAUUCUCUCACAGAUGCUUGAAAUUCUCAGCCUCUCCCAGUAUUCCUACUGGUUAAAGGACUCAUUUGAGUAAUUGCUGAGAGCAAACACCAGAAGGGUAUGAACCCAGACAAAAGUGAAUUGGUAUUGAGGUGAAGCAGGUGGUGUAAAUUUUAUUUGCGAUGUUUGCACAGCUCUUGGAUCAGAAGCAGAAACCUCUGGGGCAUCAAGAGAGUUGCAUAUGGCCUAACAUAUCUUAGUUCUUCCCAAAUGAAUUGCCCAUGGGUGGGGCAGCAAAAGGCAUCUUUCUCUGCCACGGAUAUCUCAGCCCCCAAAACCCGUUUUCUCUUGCAGUAUGGCAUCGCACAAACAGCAGUGCAUUUACCCCUAAGUGCAAACAGUGCUGUGUUUUUGGUGCCUCACAACUCUAACUGUGAACUUGAAAGGAAGAAAUGACCCCUGCUCUUCACCCGUGACACUUCCUGCCCGAUCCGAGGAGGAGGAGGAGGAGGAUGAUCCCUCUUGGAGACUCACGGCCGUUCUCCUAAACUCUUACUGCAGCAGGACCAAAUGGUGCUCUGUGAUCACCAUGGGUGGCCUAUUCCCUGUGCUAGGGGUCUGUAGCUCAGCUGCAGCCCCACGUUGCCUUCACGGUGUUUUGGUGCAAAGCAUGGUGAGGAGGCUGCACAUGACUGCCCCUGGCAAGUGCUAAGGUCUGCCGGUGGUCUGUGACCACCAAAGGCUCCACGUUAGCACUUGAAAGCAGCUUCCCUCACCUGGUUUUGGGGAAGAGCCAUCCCAGAGCAGGUUCAGGGGGAAACUGGAGCAGCGCUGGGACCGCACAACAGGGAGCUCACGUCCAUAGGGAGGAGGGGUGGGAUGGAGCAGAGGAAGAGCUGUGACAUUUUAAAACCCAUAGUGCCUACCACUGCAAAUGGAACGCUGUAUUGUAUUAUAUUAUACGUGACUACCAUGUAAAUAAAGUACAAUAAAUGUGGUGUUCGUUGGGAUUUUGAUACAAGUCAAAUGCAGUCUGCAGAAGUGGUUUUUUCCCUGCUGUAUGUACUUAUAUCACAUUCCAGGCACGGGGACAUUUGGAGUCGUGGGAGCUAACAAUGCAUAAAUGGCAUUAGAUGGGGCAUGUUUGCAGUAAGGCUAUUCUGAAAUUCCUUUUGCCCUGUGCAGGUGAGACACGAGCACCGUGUGAAAUCAGAGGGGAGGGAGUGGGGGCAGUUUACACAGGCAGGAGGAGAGCAGCUCUUGAUGUGGUUCCUGAGCAGAAGAGACUGCCCAGCCAGUCCUUGGCCAUGCCUCAUUCAUGCUGGAGAAACAGCCAGCUUCCAGUGGCUGAUCUCUCUUUCUUUGUUUCCCUGCUGUAGAGGUUGACCAGCAGCACAUGCCCUGCCUGUGUAACCUGGCUAUUCCCCACCCCUGACUGCUCUUAGUGCCAGCUACAGAUGAGCAAGCUCAAGAGAUUAAAAUUCAAAGUAUAUUGGGAAAGAAGCUCUUGACCAGCUGGCUCCUCUAUAUCCCUGACAGAGAUUGAGGGGCUUGGCGUUUUGGCUAAUAAGAAUAUUAGGAACCUACUUUGUUCCUUAACUCACUCCCUUAUCCAUCAUUCUCUUUCUCCAUAGUGUAAAUAAAGAAAAUAAUACAUUUUCACGAGGCAGGCCUGCCAUGCGCCCUCCAAAUCCUGAUGCAUCUCUCGCCUGGGUUGGUGGGAGUUUCUCUGGGCUUCAGAAGCUCAGGACUUCUCUGACAAGUGUUUGCAGCUGGGUGCAAUCUUCCAUCAGUGCAUGGAGGGAGCUUCCAUGCUGAUUGUGUUGUUGGAGAGCGAGACCACCCCAUGCAGUUUGUCACACCUGUGCUUGAAACUCACCUGCAGAGCUCUGCAGGGUUCACAGCACCGGAGGAGAAUUUACCUGCCUCUGUACCAGACCAGUCCAUGGUGUUUGUCCCUCUAACCAUUGCUGUCCUUCACAGUCAGCUGGGCAGAGCAGCAUCUGUGGGUUGUGGAGAAAGUCUUUCCUGCCCAGAACAUCUCCACAAAUAGUCUGUAGCACUCUGGGACCUGGAUGAGCCACAUGCCACUGCCCCUUCUUGGGCUGGGGGUCACUCUUUUCCUGCAGUGCCCAAGGAAAAGGUCUUUGAACUGUGCUGGUAUUUUGACUGCUAGUAAUUUUUCAGAAGUUUAGCAGCACUUCCAAAAUGAACCAAAACCUGGUUUGGAAAAGGAAAUGUUUCACUGUACAAUUGACUUAAAAAAAAAAAAAAAAAAAAAGAGAAGCCACAUGCUCGAUAUAUUUUGAGUACUGUGUUCUGUAUUUUUGCAGCUUAUAUUUUCCAGAUGAGCAGUUUAGAAAUAUGUGAUGUGAAAUUCAUACUGUAAGUUUGCUGUAAAUGAUAUUAAAAACACUAUUUUCAUUCUUG